GGUAACUGAUAUCUGUAAACAAAGACGCUAAGAGCUAUUUCUCUCUCUCAUUCAGCUGGAAACAGAAUAAUGGCAUUCCUUGAAGACAUGAUGUGUUGUGGAUAUAUCAUACCAAUCAGCUUAAUUAUUAUAAUUGGCCUACCAUUGGUACCAAAUAAAAAAUUACGAUACUACACAUGUUAUAUUUGUUACAUCUCAGUUACUUCAUUGAUAUGCACUAUGCUGUUACCUAUAGUUCUACUCCGGCCACGGGAUAUUGUCAAUUUGAAGAUUGCAGGAAAACUUAUCAGAUGUUUCACAACAAUUUUAGGAAUAGAAUGGGAACUGAGAGGAGGAUAUGUAUUAAAGAAAGAUAGAGGAGCAGUAAUUGUAGCCAAUCAUCAAAGUAUUUUAGAUGUUAUGGGUAUGUUCAAUAUUUGGGAUGUGAUGGAUAAAUGCACAGCAGUAGCCAAAAAAGAGCUGCUAUAUUUUGUACCAUUUGGACCAAUGGCUUGGCUCGGAGGGUUGGUCUUCAUAGACAGGGUAGAUCCAAAAUCUGCUAACAACAAACUAAAAGCUGCAGCUCACCUCUUGCACAGUAAAAAGGCGAAGCUGUGGCUUUUCCCUGAAGGGACAAGGAAUAAAAAGGGAAAAGUUCUUCUACCAUUCAAAAAGGGUGCAUUCAGAGUAGCUAUUUGUACACAAGCUCCUAUCAUACCAAUUGUAUAUUCUCCCUAUUACUUCAUUGAUUCAGCAAAUAAAACGUUUUCAAAAGGUAAGAUGGUGAUAUCAGUUUUGGAAGCUAUUCCCACUGAGGGUCUUACACUCGAUGAUAUUGAUUCACUUACAGAGAAGAUCCAUAAAGUGAUGGCAGAUGAAUAUGAAAAGCUUCACAAGGAAAUCAACGACCUACAACAGGACGUUCGGAAUAAAAAUAAUAUUUAAAACAAAUAUUGCUCAAUUACCGAUACUUAUUAUUUAUAAUUAACCUUAUAUAAGUGACUUUCUCACUUAGGAAAGCCUCAUGUCCACCCAUAAUCAUUGACAAUAACCCAGUGCCUUCAAAAAAUUAUGUACGGUACCACGAAAACUAGUUAUACAAAAGACUUACCUGGAACAUGCAUACUAAAUUAAAAACACAACAACUGACUAGACGAUAUAACCAACUCUCACAUCUUCUUGACUACAGAUCCUUACCGAACUUACGAAACAAGCUACUGAUCUGCAACACUAUACUGAGACCAAUUUGGACAUACGGAGCAGAACUCUAAGGUUUGGCAAAACAAACACACAUAAAUAAAAUACAAACAACACAAUAAAUAUUCUACGAAAAAUUGUCAACGCACCUUGGUACAUUUCGAAUAACAAUAUACACAACGACUUAAACAUCCUAACAGUGAAAUCCUACAUCCACAACAAAUACAGUUCAUUUCAUUCUUCAACCCUAAAUCACAUCAAUCCAUUAGUCCUUUCUAUUUCCUGCUCCCUGUUACAUGGUCGAUGAAGACUGAAAAGAAAAUUGCCAAGGGACCUACUCCUACAUUAACGACAAGGGAAAAAAAAUAAUGAAGCAAAUUCGUAGCUAAUGGCUAAUACAUCAGAUUUGCUAGAUGCGCUGCAGUGCAGGUGCAAAUUUCAUAAGAUGUUAAAAAAAAAUCUAGAUACAAAAGUAUUUCAUUUUCAUCUAAUUUAAAAAUUAAAUACUUUCUUUUGUGAUUCUUGAGUAUUUAAAAUGUCAUUUGAACACUGGGUUUGUUCAAAGAUAGAUAUAUUUAUAAUAAUGUGUACCAAGACUUACUAUUAUAUUACCAGGACAAUAUUGUCCGAUUAAAUGAUUUAAUUUUAAGUAAAAUGAAAGUUUACUAAUUAAAAGUUUAUUUUUGUUCAUAGUAAUUAUGAAUGAAUGGG